GCAGGACCAGCCCGCCGAGAGGGAAGCGUCCGAGGGAAAUGCGAGCUCGUGAUUUCGGAGCGCUCCAGCCAUCAGCUCCCUCCGCACCGCCUUCGACUUUCGCUUAGCGAGGGGCUCGUCGUCUCCUCGGCAUCUCGGGCUCCGGGACCAGAUCAUUUUGCACUUCGUUCAACGAGCAGCGCGGUCGUUCCGUUUUUUUUUUUUUUUUUUUUUUUUUUUUUUAGAGACAAAAUGUCCAAAAAUAGUUCAGCCUGCUUAGCUCAAUGAUUUCUUGCAUGGACGCUCUACUUUUAAUAUAUUUUUUUUUUGUUAAUUAUUAUUUUUGGACGGGGAAGGAUCGAGUAGAAGAAAUCCUUCAGUGAAGGGAACCCAGUGAUUUGCUCCCCGUUGAGGAGAAGAUCCGAUUCCCAGCUGCAGGCAGAGGACGGAGGUUCGCGUUGGUCUUUCGGUCUGGGUUUCGAAGCUCUCGCUAUUGCAGGGCCAGAGCAGAACUGCCUUCUCCGAGCGGCUUUCCCAUCCCGGUUGUGGCUCAGAGAUCGCCUCCCCCCUCCUCGCACCAUUUCUGUUGGUGUUGUUUUUGUUUGGUUGGUUUGGCUUUUUUUUUUUUUUCCCUCCCCUUUUUGUCUUUUUAUUCCCCCUCUCCCUUUAUUAUUAUUACUAUUAUUAUAAUUAUUUGAUUUGAUUUGAUUCGGGUGAGCUCUCUCCCUUCCUCAAACGAAAACACUAACUCUGACGCCGAAAUCCAUGCCCCCUGCAACUCGGAGGAAUCGGGUCUAAUAUGCCAGUGACAUCCUCGCCUUGCAGUAGUCGCGAUGAAGGAAAAAUCCAAGAACGCGGCAAAGACUAGACGGGAAAAAGAAAAUGGAGAAUUCUACGAACUGGCCAAACUCCUGCCCUUGCCCUCGGCCAUCACCUCCCAGCUGGACAAGGCGUCCAUCAUCCGCCUCACCACCAGCUACCUGAAAAUGCGAGCCGUCUUCCCCGAAGGUCUGGGCGACGCCUGGGGACAGCCGAGCAGGAUAGGCCCCUUGGAUAACGUGGCCAUGGAGCUCGGAUCCCACUUGCUUCAGACUUUGGAUGGCUUUGUUUUCGUGGUGGCAUCAGAUGGCAAAAUAAUGUACAUCUCAGAAACAGCAUCUGUGCAUCUUGGCUUAUCUCAGGUGGAGCUCACUGGAAACAGCAUUUACGAGUACAUCCACCCCUCUGAUCACGAUGAGAUGACAGCUGUCCUCACUGCUCACCAGCCUCUCCAUCCUCACCUUCUGCAAGAAUAUGAAAUUGAGAGAUCAUUUUUCCUGAGGAUGAAGUGUGUCCUAGCCAAGAGGAAUGCAGGAUUGACGUGCAGUGGAUACAAGGUGAUCCACUGCAGCGGCUACUUGAAGAUCCGCCAGUACAUGCUCGACAUGUCUCUGUACGACUCCUGCUACCAAAUCGUUGGGCUGGUGGCUGUAGGUCAGUCUUUACCUCCCAGUGCAAUCACCGAGAUCAAACUUCACAGCAACAUGUUUAUGUUCAGAGCAAGCUUGGACUUAAAGUUGAUAUUCCUGGAUUCCAGGGUCACUGAAUUAACUGGAUAUGAACCCCAAGAUCUGAUAGAAAAAACCCUCUACCACCAUGUCCACGGCUGUGAUGUGUUCCACCUCCGAUAUGCUCAUCACCUGUUGUUGGUGAAAGGCCAAGUCACAACCAAGUACUACAGGCUGCUGUCCAAGCACGGAGGCUGGGUGUGGGUGCAGAGCUAUGCCACCAUUGUGCACAACAGCCGUUCGUCACGGCCUCACUGCAUAGUGAGUGUCAAUUAUGUCCUUACAGAUAUUGAGUAUAAGGAACUUCAGCUGUCACUGGACCAGGUUACCAUUUCCAAGUCACAGUUUUCAUGCAGAAACUCAGUACCUACCUCGCAGGAAACAAGGAAAAUAGUCAAACCCAAAAGUAAUAAAAUGAAGGCAAAACUCAGAACAACACCUUACCCACAACAGCAAUACAGCUCGUUCCAAACAGACAAACUGGAAUGCAGCCAGGUGGGAAGCUGGCGAUCCAGCCCCGCCGUGAACGCCGCCGCCAUUCAGGAACAAAACUUCCAUUCAGAAAACAGCGAACUUUUAUACGCCCCACCGUACAGCCUGCCUUUCUCCUACCAUUAUGGACACUUCCCCGUGGAUUCCCAUGUCUUCGGUGGCAAAAAACAAAUGCUGCCUGCAAAGUUCGGGCAGGCUCAAGGAGCGCCUUGCGAAGUGGCGCGGCUCUUCCUGAGCACGCUGCAGACGAACGGGGAGUGCCAGUGGCACUACACCAACCCCUUGGUACCCAACAGCCAGUCACCGUCCAAAAACCUCCCUGAGCAGCCAGUGAACAUCAUCAGGCACAACCUUGCACAGAGUUAUGAAGUCCCCAUAUCCAACAGGAGAUACAGCCAAGAUGCUCUCCCCGACAACUUCACGAGCUGCACCGCGCCCAUGGCAGGCAGCAGGUACAAGGAAGAGAUUUAUGAUUCCACCAUCAUGAAACACAACAAAAUAGAACCCAGGAUCCAGCCGCCUCCCCACCUCAUUAAAGAGGAAAACAAGCUGGCCUUCAACAGAGACCUCCAAGAAAAAAUGAGCAUUAACGAAAGUUCUUUUUCAAACUCCAUUGCCAGCUCCCUGCUGCCAAAAUCGGAAUGUUUCCAGUCCAAAGCUAUAGGACAACUAAGCCACCUCCUGCCAAUGCCCUCGGUGUACGAGCAAACAAGAAGGAUUUGUGUGAAAGAACCCAAGUACGGGCACGUCGGUCACCACCACCCUGCAAACCUGGAGGAACUGGAGGGUGAGGAGAGAAUGACUGUAAAGCUCGACCACGACUCCGAGAGCGAGCGUGUGAUGGACGUGAGGCCCUCGGGACAAGUCCCCUUUGUGCUCCUAAAUUACCACCACGUUCUGGCCAAACACGGCGCCUUUCAAACCUCGCCCUGCACGGCCACGGGCCACGUGGGGGAAAACUAUGGAUACAAUUCCGAGGAGGUAAACACGUUUAUUUACAAAAACCAAAGCCCCUCCUCGGCUUCUUCUCCAGAGACCCACAAGGAAUCUGCACUACCCCAUUAUAUCGGAACUUCUGUAAUAAUUGCCAACGGGAGGUGACGGUAACAGAGGAGUAUUUACGUUUAAUUAAGAAGCCAAACUGUAAUGAUUC